CGCAGCAGUGCUCAAGCAGUAGCGAGGCCAGGGCUUCAAAGAAGAGGGCAUAGGAGCAUCAAGCAUGAAGCGUGGUAUCCUUCUCCUCCGAACGACCACCGACUCAUGCAACGCCACGUUGCCGUCCGAUGCAUCCCACCGUUGCGCAGUGUGUAUUUUUCGAGACGGUGGCAUUUGUAUAAAACACAUCUUGCGUCAUGACCGCAGUGUUGAGCAACGCGGGCCUCCUCCGGCUCAUCGUGCAGUUCCAACACGGCGUGUACGAAGACCUCUUGCCGUGGCGCAAGGAGGCCGCGGCCAUGGACACGGCGUGGCACCCGUCUGUGCAAGGCCUAAUGUACACGCACCUGCCGCAGCGCUUCUUGCACCUCCCAUACACGUCCGAGCACGUUCUCUUUUUGCCCCAAGCAGUCUUGCUGCCCGCGCGCCACCUGAACCUGAGCUCGACCGAGCGCGACCCGCGCCUCCCGCUGCACAUUGCCAUCAUCGACGGCGACACGCGGCGCAUUGGCCGCUGGCUCGACUGCUACCCGCAGUGGGCCUCGCCGCAGGCGCUCGACCUCGCCGCGCAGGUCGGCCACCUUGACGUCGUCGUCUACCUACACACGCACCGCGUCGACUGCACGACAAACGCCAUGGACUACGCAGCAGGCAAUGGCCACCUUUCGAUCGUGCGCUUCUUGGCCGAACACCGCAAGGAAGGCUGUACCGAGAACGCCAUGUACGAUGCGGCCAUGUACGGGCACCUCCCGGUCGUCGAGUACCUCUAUGCGGCCGGUUUGGCCCGCUGCUCGUCGAUCGCGCUCAUGCACGCGACGUGGCACCAGCACAACGCGGUCGCUGCCUUCAUCCACGCCCACUGCGACGACCCGAUCCCGCCGCCGUUGUAGUUGCCAUCCUCCUGCUAAUUGAACCCGUCAGUGUUGUACUCUA